AUGGUGAGGGCACUACUCGUGUCCUUGGUCAGCUGCCUCGUCGCUAUCCAGGAGGCCAGGCUCAUCAGUCGCUGUGACUUGGCCAGCGUGCUGCACAAGGAGGAUUUGGAUGGCUUUGAGGGCUACUCGCUGAGUGACUGGCUGUGCCUGGCUUUUGUGGAAAGCAACUUCAACCUAUGAAAGGUAAAUGAAAAUGCAGAUGGCAGCUUCAACUAUGGCAUCUUCCAGAUCAACAGCCACUACUGGUGCAAUGAUUACCGGAGUCACUCGGAAAACAUUUGCCACGAGGACUGUAAAG